CUUGAAGUGCGUUAGAUCAACUCGAAAGUGUAUUAACCUGUUCUUUCUGAACCUUGAUUUAGUCAGACAUAUGAAAAUCACAAUCCGUGUUGUACUAAAAGCGGUCUGACUGUGUGACAUAUUGGUCACAUUUUAGUAUAACUCUAGCGACACACACCGGUCACAUUAGCUUUUUGGACACACACAUCCAGUCCGUCUAGUCUGAGAUAUAUUUUUGGAGUCGUUGUUUGUCUUACAUUUUUCCUCGCGUCGUUAAAAAGUGUUGUUAACAUGCACAAUGAGUCAAAGAUGUUUAGUGGUUCAGCCCCUUUCGAAUAUCAUCCCUCACAUCAUCUCGAAGCUGGAAUCGGUCAGUCCUUGUUCCAUUCAAUUACGGCAAUGCCACAGUACCAAAAUUCUUCGUUUGACGAGUUGCGCAUGGAAGACUAUGAAGCGUCCGACGGUAUUUUUGGAUCAAAAAUUGCAAAAUUAGGCGCCUCAUUAUGUAGUGAUCGUCCGGGUGUCAAACUAACACCGCACCGAUAUGGCACAUUAUUUAAUGAUGCGAUCAAGUCAUUUAAGAAUGAAAAGCAUACUGCCACGGCUGAUUCGUCACCGGCAGUGCCAGUUAACGAUUUCAAAGCGGACAAGUCAUUUCCGAAUGUUAAUUUGUCGUUUCAAGGCCAGAAAAAUGUGACAGUCUAUAUCAACGGCGAUUCAAAAGUCAAUUUUUCGUUCAGUGUUGAAUCACAUAAAUCAUCGUUAUCAACCGAGUCAUCAAAGUCAUCAUCAUCAAAGUCAUCAUCAUCAAAGUCAUCAAGAUCGAAGCAAUCAAGAUCGAAGUCAUAUGAUCGGGUCGAUCGAAAAAAGUCGCAUCAUGCUUCCGGUGGCGUAGAAAAACUCAAAGAAAAAGUGACCAACGACAUUCUGAAAAAUUAGAUGAUCAAGCUGCGCACAAAGAGGGCAUUAUGUUUUAAGUGAAAUGUGAAAUAUGUUUGAAAUUUGUUCCGAGUUCAAUGCUCGGUGAUCAUAAGAGAUAUCUAAAGUGAAUUUUAUUGUUUUUCGUUACUGGCAGUUAGCCGCUGAAUAUUUAUGAUUGAAUGUUAUGUGAAAACUUUGUCGAAUAUACAAAGAAUUAGAAUCAACCCUUGGUG